UGUGUGUGUGUGUGUGUGUGUGUGUGUGUGUGUGUGUGUGUGUGUGUGUGUGUGUGUGUGUGUGUGCACACGUUAGCUGUGGGAAAGUUGCUGGAGUUAUGUGCUGGUUUCUCCAGGUGAGGACAUGGGUGCCAGGUUGCACAGUAAUUUCCCCAUACAGCCCACUCUGUGUGUGUUUGUGUGUGUGUGUGUUGAUUUAUGCAUGCACACUUUUUAUGCAAGGAAGCCAGGCUGCAUGUGUGUGUCUGUACAGAGAGAAAGAGACUGUGUGUGUGUGUGUGUGUGUGUGUGUGUGUGCGUGUGUUAAAGAGGCGGUGACAUUUUUUCAGUUUGUAUUCCUGGAAACUGUUCUGCAGCAUUGCUCAAUAAUGAAACUCGUGUGUGUAUAUGUACGUGUGUAUGUGUUUGGGGGGGGGUGGGCAAAGACAAUUAUACAUGGUUCAGAGAAGUAAUGAAGGUGCGGAUAUUCCUGGAGAAUGUGCUGCGAAGGAUUUCAAGGAACUAUCUAUGACGAGGGGAAAGAAAAAGAAAAAAAAAAAACCUCUAGCCAAAGCUGUGAAAGAGUAAUGCAACAAAUACAUGAAGUUUCGAGUCGGCAAGGUGAAGGAGAAUCUAUGAACUCUGACAUGAAGAGCAGGAGUUUUAUUUGCUGAGAAAAGUUACUGUCAAGGCUAACUUCCAGGCCACCAAAGUCCACAGGGUUGGAAAACUGUUUUCGAGGCGUUAAGAGCAGUUCGUGGAACCAGUCCAGGGUUCCUAGAAUCCAAGUCAUGUUAAACAACAUAGCCUGGAGAGGUUUCACAACAUUUCACACACUUACAGUAGGCACGGCAUUGUUUUUUUUUUUUUUUGUGGAGUGACUUGACUCCUCCUUCCUCUCUCCUGUCUCAAUCUCUCACCCACUAUUUUCACAUAUCCAUCUUUUCUUUCACACUCCUCUCACUUCUCGCGCAACGGCAUUCGUUUUCUCGCUUAAUUCCAACUCCUUGCUUCCUCCUCUCAGUUAUCGCCUCUCUACCUUCAUCUCUGACACGUUUUCUAUUUACUCAAGACUUUUUUUCUCCCCCUUCUCAAACAAACUCCCAUACAUCAUUUUUUUCUGUUGUUGUUUUGGGUUUCUUUUUUUACAGAUGCCUCUCUUAGCGACAGAGACUGCAGUGAAUAUUUGAAAGCCUCCUUCUGUGGCCAAUAUGUCCCAGCUGCUCCAAGUGGAGAUCCCCAAUUUUGGAGCCACGGUUCUGGGUUCCCUUAAUGAGCAGCGCCUCCUGGGACAAUACUGUGAUGUAUCCAUACUGGUUAAAGGUCAGGCUUUUAAAGCCCACCGGGCUGUUCUGGCUGCCAGCAGCCUCUACUUCCGUGACCUCUUCAGCAGCUCAACCAAGACCCAGUUUGAGUUGCCUUCCUCAGUCACCCCUGCUUGCUUUGAGCAGAUCCUGGGUUUUUGUUAUACAGGGAAGCUAACAAUGGCAGCAAGUGAACAACUGGUUGUCAUGUACACAGCUGGCUACCUCCAGAUUCAGCACAUAGUUGAAAAGGGCAUGGACCUAAUGUUUAAAGCGAACUCACCUCACUGUGACUCGCAAACGGCAGGGUCCUUAGAAGAAACAGGAUCGGAGCCACAAAGUCCUCUAAACAAUGGCAACGGCCUUUCGGUGGCUGCCGUUUUGGGGACCCAAAGCUGGUCCACGGCACCUCUACUCAUCCCACCGCGGAAGAUAAAACUAGAGGGCGGCGAUCCCACACCGAUAUCAGUGCCCUCGGUGCAAAGCAAAAUUACAACGUCGGAGCUGGGGAGUCGUCUGGCGAGGGCCAGCUCGCUCUUCUACACGACAGCUGGAGGGACCCCCAUCCCUGGAAUGCCUUCGUUCCCCUUUCAAGGGACCAGCGGAGGUGGAUUGGGAGGUGGAGUGGGAGGAGGAACGGGCGGCGAAAGAUCCAGUCCUGGAGAAUCCAGCCUGCCCACCACUGACAGUCCCACAUCCUAUCAGAAUGAGGAUGAGGAGUUUGAGGAAGAGCAAUGCGAUGGGAUCACCGAUGAUAGUUUCAGUCAUAUUUAUGGACGUUCAGCUAACCCCUAUGGGAUCCAAGACAAGCCGGAGAUGGCGGCGAUGCCCGUGUCUUUAGAGAAUCGCAACUGUGUCCUGAUCCGCAGAGACCUGGUGGCUCUGCCUGCGAGCCUCAUAAACCAGAUCGGCUACCGCUGCCACCCAAAGCUGUACACCGAGGGGGACCCUGGAGAGAAGCUGGAGUUGGUCGCUGGUACCCAGGUGUUCAUGACACGCGGGCAGCUGAUGAACUGUCACUUGUGUGCCGGGAUCAAACACAAAGUCUUGCUCCGCCGUCUCUUAGCCACAUUUUUCGACAGAAACACUCUGGCCAAUAGCUGCGGGACAGGCAUCCGUUCUUCUACGAGUGACCCAAGUAGGAAACCCCUGGACAGCAGGGUCCUUAAUGCUGUCAAAUUGUACUGUCAAAACUUCAACCCCAACUUCAAAGAGAGUGAAAUGAAUGUGAUCGCUGCUGACAUGUGCACAAACGCAAGGCGCGUCCGCAAGAGGUGGCUGCCCAAGAUCAAGUCCAUGCUGCCUGACGGCAUGGAAGUGUACCGUGCGGGGAUGGGCAUGGGCGCUGGCGUAGGUCUGAGCCUGGCGCUGAGUGCCCCUCAGUCAGGAGUGCCCCUCCCCUUUGAGCAUGACUUCAAGGCCCUCGAGCAGAGGUUGUAUCUGGAUCGCAAGGACCCUCUCAGGACUCAGACAGACGGCAGCCCCGGCUCUGGGGCGGCUGGAGCAGAGGCCGACGGCGAAGGGGAGACGGCAGCUCAAGAGGAGCAGGAGGAAGAUGACGACGGGUUGGAGAGCGUCGACGGCUCACCGGGGGCGACACUGUUAGUCACGGCGGGCGAGGCGAGCGUCACGCCGCCCAAGCAGGAGGCGGAAGGGUUUGAACAAGGCCUGAGGGUGAACGGACAGUGAAUGUCUCUUUGGGCUGUCUCUCAAAUCGUGAAACUCGUUUAACUUUGUAUUUUUUUCCCCUCUUGCUCUUUAAYGCUCGCAUUUCGUCCUCCACUCGUUCUUCUCCUCUGUGCUUCCUUGACAGGAGUUUUCCAGCACAAAAGCUGCACUCAUAAAUCUUAUUACACAGCAAUCUGCCACACAUGCAUGCGCUCGCGUGGGCUCACUUUCUUGCCAGUAGUGGAAGAAAAACACUGACAGUAAAAGUACACACAGGCAUGGCAUUAGACCAUUCAAACUAAACAACCUUUUCUGAUCCAACUUUUUUUUUUCUUUUUAAAGUAUGCACUCGGUAUUUGGGCUCUUUGCAGCUACAGAUAGCGGUGACAAAUAGCUGUAAUGAUUCAUCAGAUCACUAAAUACAAAAAGCUGCAGCUGCUUUGUUUGCAGUUGGUGUAAUGGUUUGUAAAACAUUUUUUUUUUCCUUUUAAGUUUGGAAAACUGCAUCUGAGAACGACCCAACGUUUGAGGGGACUACAUCCGAGAAACAUGGCUYCCUAACAAGAGCUAUGUUGGUCCACUUGACAUCAAACUAUUGUUUAUGAAAAUUAUGGAGUACUGUGAUAAUACCUUUUAACAAACAGCAUGUCACUUUCACAAUGAAUAUGCUCAUGUUUGCUUCAAAAGCCAAAAACAAAUGCAUCGCUUUUAUUUGAUCUGCGUAUCUUACCAUAACAUAUCAGAUCCUGCCAACUAUGUGAUGCCUGUGUCUGCUCCAAACAGCCCCUCCCAACAUCACACACAUGCAGAUUUCCACACACAUAUUGCUUAAUCAAACUGUUUAAUGUUCAGAAGUUGCAAUUCUUUUGGACUCUGGAGAUAAAAAAAAGCAUUUAAAUUCCAUCAUUCUAAUAACAGAAAACAAGAAAAUAACAUGUACUAAAGUCAUGGCUUUGCAUGCAUUAUUCCAAACAACAGAUAGACGUAAUUAGUGGAAACAACAGCAAAACCGCAGCAGUGCAUCAAAAUAAGACAAGAGCUACUGUUGCCUGGAGAUAUGCCAUUAAAACCAGGAGGACUUUCUCCAUUUCCUACCCGGGCUCUAACCUCAGUCUGACAGGUUGUUAGAACUGGCCUUGGUGCCACCCAGGAUGGACAUUAUGAGUUUUAAAAGUCCUGCGUUUUUGCUACAGCGCCUGCUUGUCACCUUAAAAACAGGAGAAUGAAUACAUGGAGUAGAAAGAGGACGUGCACUACACUGAGCGUUUUUUACGUUUAAAGAAAAAAAAAUGCCAGAGAGAAGCACUUUUUCACCAUGAAGUGGUGGUGUGAUAUAUGCUGAGACUACACAGUCCUGCUUCCAUCCCAUUUUAUUUUUUUGUCUUUUCUUCCUUGUAGGGGAAAUGUGUGGGUGGGUAAAUUAUUAGACUUUUAYGAGCAAUUUAUGCUGGCUUACUGCAUUUGCACUUAAGAAGGUUAAAGAGUGGAUGGGAAAGUGAGGAGUUGGGGGAAAGAAAAAAAGAAAGAAAAUGGACCUGCAAAGACUGCAAGUUACCCUGAUUACGUACCUAAUCAGGCAGUUUGUGGGUUUAAAUGGAAACAACGGGUCUUUCUGACGAUGACUGUUUCUAUGUUUUUGAUUGAGGGGAGUAAGGCCAUGCAUUUGUCAUACUCUUCUUUUACGUUUGUUUUUGUUUGUUGCCAUGAUAAGGACACAGUCCGAACAGCCUUUCUUUCUUUCUAUCCUUUUUUUAGGGUUUCAUGUGCUAAACAAUUUGCUGGUGAAUGUUUCCCUCAUGAUUUGCUUUUCUGUCAAUCAAAGCACAUCUGAUCACAAAAGCAAACCGUUAAUUUCAGCCAAUGAACUGGAAGUCAUUUUUAGCCAAUAUGGAAACGUGGCCAUCUCUAAAGUGAUUGAAAAUAAAAUCAAUUCCUUUUAUUUUUUAUUUUUGUUUUUUUGUUUUGGUUACAACAGAUUUGAUUGCACAAGUUAAGCAGAAAGUACAGUACCUGUAAACCCCCUUUGUAUUUGAUCUGUAUCCACGUUUCAGUGAUGUGCCAUUUAAAAGUUCGAGCCAGAUUUUUCUCCCAAGUGUCUGUCCUCCAAGUAUGUUUAGGGUAAGCUUUAAAAUUGGCCCUGCACGAGAAAGACAGGGUCAUGUUUGCACUAGUUAAUGACGUUUACAUUUUCUUUCCUCUUUUCUCUCCUGGAAAACAAUGUGAUGCGCCACACAUAAAGCCAGGGCUAUGAUAGAACGGCCAAGUUGAUGGAUGAAUGUAAACUGUAGCACUGCUUUGGUAAGGGUCCUGGCCUUUUGCCUUUUUUUUUUUACUGUAAAUUAUUGAAUUUAUUUUUUUUUUGUAUCCAAACACAUGGCUCGUUUGUUGGCCAAAUGCACCAUAAAAAUGAAAUUUACUGACAGAAAGGCUGGAUAAUGCUCUUAUCCAAAACCAAAUUUUUAAGCUAAUGCCAACAGGUCUUCCAGUAUGGCAGAGAGCAUCUCUCUAAGAAAAGUGCAAAAUAUUAGCAAUGUUUAAAAACUUGUGGGGAAUUUUYCCCAGUGUUCUUUAUUUUCCAUUGAACCCAACAGUUAUGUAUCUAAUGUUGAAAUGACAAGUAAGUAAAUUAUAUAAAUCUUUUUAGUUUAUUCACCAAAAGAUGAUCUUGUAAAAAUAAAAUAUAUUAUUUUGUUUGUUGGAUCCAUUUAGUCACAAUUACUUCUAGUUUUGUCUUUUUUUGUGUAAUAAAAUUAUAUAAAUGUGUUUUUA